AUGGACAACAUAUGUGACUCAUUCAACAUCGGUCAAUCAGUGCAUGGUGACCACGUGGUUUGUCAGUUGAGCGAUUCCGAUCACUCAAGGCACCCGGAAGACUUAAGGCCACGAGAAGGUUUUACCUUCAUUGGUACUAAGGUAUAUGGAAAGAAGAUACGAAGCGCCUUAAGUUGGUGGUUUAGGAAGAGGAGAGUUAUGAGGGUUCUAAUAUCUAACAGAGAGAUUUAUUCUAGUUUUGUGUUAUAAAGGAGUUACUAACUCGGGUCUCAGUUGUUUGUUGUAUUCUGUUUGCUUUUUCUGAUAUAAUGUCUUCUUUCAACUCGUAUUGCUUCACUUGCCCGUCCGUUAUCCGUAUUGGCCAUUUGGUGAGCUUAUCCUUGUUUGUCUUGUAAACUCGUUAUAACUAACUCCUGAAGGUUGUUUGUUCAUCAGAAUCUGUGUUCCAGUAACCCAUGUUUCCAUAAUGCGACCUGCUUGAAUGGAUUUACAAACAAGAAAUACCUUUGCCUUUGUCAGAGUGGCUACACUGGUGAACACUGUGAAAACGGUAACAGUAAGCACACACAAUGCCAAACAAUUGUUCAUUCCUAAGUCGUCCAUACAGAUGUUUAGAUUUUAUGGUUUUAUCUCGUUAUCUUAAUUAUCUAUUUUCAAGUAGAGAAGCGAUCUAAGAUACUUGGAGGAUCGGGUUUGAAUCCCAUCGAAGCCUGAAUUUGUUCAGGCCUUCUUUCAUCAGUUUCUUUAAUUGAUUGUAGCUCAACUGUGAGGAUAAUUCUUGUGCUUGUAUUUCAUCCGCGUUUCAAAGAAUCAUUUUUUUUUUUUCUAAAAAUUUAUUCAUUUAUCCAUAUACAGUGUAGAUACAUAUUCGUGCUUUUAUAAAUAUCACUAGUUAUGUUUCCUCUGCACGUGCUCCGCAUCAAUGGCUUGCACUACCAAGUGUGAUUUUUAAAGAAAUGUUUGCACAGCGGUUAAAGCAGCCAGUAUUCGCUUUCCUUUUGCUAAAAUUGUGCCCUUUUGCAAACAGAUAUUGAUGAAUGCAGUUUGGGCAGCGAUGAUUGCCACGAAUUUGCGCACUGUGUAAACACCGCCGGCUCCUUUGACUGCAUUUGCAAGAUUGGACUCACUGGGGAUGGACGCAACUGUACAGGUAAGUUCGUGUUAAUGUAAUAAUAACUUUAUCUAUCCAUCCCACCAUGUGUUAUUCUCUAUCGUUCACUAAUGUUUUCAUUCUGUUUAUUUUCUAUUCAAGGACUACCUUCUUGUAAAGAACUGCACGAGAAAAACAAGUAAGUGAAAAAAUAUAUAAAAAUAAGGGGAAAUGUAGCACUCGUGCCCAGUGCCUCAUCCGUGCAGAGCUUAUCCCUGUUUCCGUUACGUGAACAAACCAGGAGUAUUUCUAUUUCAAGAAUUGAGUCAAUCGCAGGUUAUUCCCUCCUCCAACAAUUUUUUUUAAGCUUCCAUCAUUACGCUACCAUGUUUCGCACAAGUGAAUAAAUUACUUGAGAGGAAUCCACUUUGGAAUGUAGUUUCCGACGAUUGAUAAAUUUUUUCGCUGUCCAUUUGUAGAGGACAAUAUCAUUGUUUGAAACUACGCGGUGAGACAAAGGAUACUUUAGUCAUGACUUCUUUGUUAGCUUCUUUUACGUGACUGAAGGUGAGGUGAUUACGUUUGAUAUGCUUGAAACUCUUCUUCUUUCUCUAGUGCUACUGGUGACCAAGCAUACAUGUUGCAGAUUGGAUCAGGGAUGGUUUACAUGUACUGCCAUAUGACGGGCCUCGGGCAUGUGGAGGUGGUGGAUGGACGCUGGCCAUGA